CUGCGCCCUUGACAUGUUGAUUUUAGCCAGCCAAUUGCCCAUCCACAGUUGCCAUCCCUCGCUCUGUCCCCCGUCCGGACGGUCGAACUCGACUUCGCCUUCCACUACCGCGGCCUUGUGACCUGCAUGGACCUUGGACCAGAUUUCCUCUCGCAAACCCCACACCGCUAGCAAGCACUAUGCGGUCGCCUUCUUGACUCCCAACUGCGGACCCCGUGAAAGAGCUGUCACGACGACGUCCAGCUCAUUUCUUGAACGAGCCAGAAUUUGUCCAAGAUUAUGUCUAGGAACGGCAGGACAUGCACAAGGCGCGAGCCGUGACCCCUCGGCCGGAUCCAAGCGCUGGAAUCGCAGCGUCGAGCCCUGCUCGUGCUUCUGCUUCUCCCACCUCUACCGCCGCCGCCAAAACCUUUCAGUUCGUCACCGCAAACCCCUCCACCGACGCCGAACGCUCGCGGAACAAAACCCUCGUCCGCUCCAAUGCUUCCAACUACCACUGGCGCCGGGUCAAGAAAUCCACAGAUGGCGCCGCCGCGGCAAAUCGGCCGGUAGCAAGACGUCGUUCGUCAGCUCGCAGCCAUGUCAAGCCUUCCAAGAGAGUCCUCGCCCCUGCGACUCCCCAGACGAUCGGGUCUUCCUCAACGGAAAGCGAAGAUCGGACACCCAAGACCGAAGACGAGUCAAUCGAGUUCAUUACAGAGUCGCCUCCGUCAGCAGGAGGUGAGCUGGUGACAAUCUCCAGCGCCAGUCUGUCCAGCUUGGUGGUCUCUGGGCACUAUGACCCGUUCGAAACAUAUCCAUGCGACUUGCCCAAGGAAUUUGUUAGCCCUGUCCUCGAUCAAGUGAACAGCUUCCUGUCUCUCAUGUUCCCGCCCGAGAAAGGGCAGACCCUAAGCCCACACUCUGAGAAAUGGCUUCAGAUGACCUUUCGUGAUCGAAGUCUCUUCCAUGCGUCGUUGUUCUGCCAGCUCACGCGCAAUCGCAUUUUCCGUUUGUCGCCCGCCGAGUCCCCGGAACAAAUGCAAUGUUACACCGAAACCAUCAGAGGCGUGCAUCAAAAGUUCGCCGAUACAUCGAUGAGCUGUGAGGAUGAAAAUAUCCUUGCAGUCUACGCCCUGUCCUAUCACGGAGAGCCUCGGUCCCAUCCGCCUGCUGCGGCACCAUCCCAAGGUCCAUUGACCACCUUGCAACUCCUUCAUCUGUACGGCGGUCGCCUGCAGACUGUCAACGUGCAUCUACAGGGUCUGGCCAAGAUGUUGACUCUUCGGGGAGGCCUCUCCAAAAUCAAGCUGCCCGGGCUAGCCCAAGCGAUUUCUUUCGGAGACAUCAUUCUUGCCAGCCAGACUCUGACCAAACCCAUGCUGUCGUACGAGAAGAUGCACGACGACGUCAUCGGGCCGUUGAAUGCGGCGUCGAGGAAAACCCAUCCGCUAGUCGGUCUCGGCCGUGGGUUUCGAGUGCUGCCGGAAAUCCUGGGCCCCGAGAUGGUUGAGAAGCUGCUGAUUGUGCUGAAGUGGAUCAUUCAGUACACGUUCGCCGUGGACGACCACGUCAAGGACCGCCCGGAGGCCCAGAAACUGGGCUGCCUUUCGGACGAGAGAAAUUUCGUGCAGCAUAGUCUCCUGCUCCUGACGCCGCUCCCUACCGAAGUCCAAGACGAACACCCCUUACUCCGACUCGCGCGGCUGGGCACUGUCAUCUACAGCCUGCUGGUGGUGUUCCCGCUCCCGGCGAUCGCCGCACCCUUUCACCGGCUCGCCCGUGAUGUCAAGGCACAGCUACUCGACCCGGCCAUCCAACCGUGGUGGACCGACGCCUCCGACCUGAUCCUGUGGGCGACGGCGAUGGGGGCGAUCGCGGCGAUAGGGUCGUCGGACCGGCUCUGGUACCGCACCAUCCUGGACGAGCUGACUCGGCGCCUCGACAUCGGCACCUGGCCCAGCAUGCGCGAGCGGCUGGGCAUGUUCCUGUGGUACCAGUACACGAACGACUCGGACGGAAUCAGGCUCUGGACGGAGAUCGAGGAGUCGAACCUGUUCCGCGUCCCAAAGUGAGUCCACUACGUGGGCGGUGGCAGUGCAGGAAGUCACAAGGCCAAUAGACACUGCGGUCAGUGGGCAUUGCAGUCGUUUGGCUCACUUGCUUACCUGGGAUUUGAGCCGGCGACCCGCAUAUGUAUAUAAAACCCCCGAGUAUUCGUCCUUCACCACCUCUCUAAUAACUAAUCCCCUACCACUUUGCUCUUCCGGGGAAGGGCUAUUUAGUCG